AACACGCUGCCAACUCCUCCGUUUGUUGGACGAGGCUGAGGGACGGGAGUGUCCCAUUCACAUCCCCUUUACAUUUACGUACAACAGCGGAUCUCCCAGGAAGGACACAUUAACUGGACACGGCCGAUGGAGACAUAUUUGUGACAUAAAAACCAGCCCGGAUUCAUCUGUUUAUUGCACUAAUCGGGGAAAACUAUGACUCUUUUAAACGAUUGACGAUUUGGAUUUUUUUUUUUUUUACUUUUGUGUGCAUUUAAACCGGCUAUUCAUUCAUUUAUAAAAAAAAAAAAGGAGCUGCACGCACCCGUCUGGUUUCAUAUAAACCCGCCCUCUCCCAGUCUUUUUCUGAGUCCUGAGGUGAAGAUGGAUACCCGGCUAUCUUUGCCCAGGUACCCGCUGCUGGUGCUGCUCUGUGCCCUGUCGGGGACCCGGAGCCCCGUGGUUGCUGCGGGGAGGAGCUGCGCCGACACCCGGCAGGUGUACGCAGAGAAGGGGUACAGCACUGGUACCGCUCCGCUGACUCAAAUCUCCGGUGAGCACCUGCGGCUCUGUCCUCAGGACUACACCUGCUGCUCCAGUCAGAUGGAGGAGACGCUGGCCCUUCAGAGUGAGAGGGACUUCCUCAAAGCCGUCGAGGAGAACAGCCAGUUCCUUUUGACUACCUUCACGCAGAGACACCGCAGGUUUGAUGAGUUCUUCAGAGAGCUUAUAGACUUGUCCGAGAAGUCUAUGAACCAGAUGUUUACCAAGACCUAUGGCCGGCUCUUCACCCAGAAUGCACACGUCUUCCAGGAGCUGUUUGUGGAGCUACGCAGAUAUUAUUCUGGGGGCAGUGUCAGCCUGUCAGAGGUUCUGUCAGACUUCUGGUCCAGACUGGUGGAGCGAGUCUUCUCUCUGGUUAACCCUCAGUAUCAGUUUAGUGAAGACUACCUGGAGUGUGUCAGCAAACAUGCCGAACAACUGCAGCCCUUUGGCGAAGUGCCCCGCAGACUACGUGUCCAAGUGUCGAGGGCUUUCAUUGCAGCCAGAGCUCUGUCUCAGGGCUUGGCUACCGGUCGGGAUAUUGUUAACAAAGCAACAAAGUUGACUGCAGAUUCGGAGUGUGUGCGUGGCCUGAUGCGUCAGUCGUAUUGCCCUCUGUGUCGAGGCCUGCCCUCCCUGCGGCCCUGCCACUCCCUGUGCCUUAACGUGAUGAAAGGCUGCUUAGCCAAUCAGGGCGACCUGGACACAGAAUGGAACAAUUUCAUUGAUGCUCUGUACCAGGUUUCAGAGAAGUUGGAGGGGCCGUUCAACAUGGAGCUUGCAGCCGACUCCAUCUCUGUGAAAGUGUCAGAGGCCAUCAUGCACAUGCAGGAAAACAGCGUCAGCAUCUCAACCAAGGUGUUCCAGGGUUGUGGCAGCCCCAGGCCAGCACCAGGGAGGUCCAAACGCUCACCCAAAGAGUCGGGGGGCAACAGGAGGCCUUUCCGCACCUACAGCCCUGAGGAGAAACCCACCACUGCUGCAGGCACCAACCUGGACCGACUGGUUACCGAGCUGAAGGAGCGACUGCGACCCAUGCGUGGCUUCUGGGUGUCCCUCCCACACACCAUCUGCAAUGAUGAGAAGAUGGCCUCCGACGUCACUAAUGAGGACCGCUGCUGGAACGGGCAGACCCGGGGGAGGUACCUCCCGGAUGUUAUGGGCGACGGGCUGGUCAGCCAGAUCAACAACCCCGAGGUGGAAGUGGACAUUGCCAGACCGGAUGUGAGGACCAGACAGCUGAUCAUGGAGCUGAGGGUGGUGACCAACAAGCUGAGACACGCUCAGAGCGGACAGGACAUGGACUUCAUGGACAGUGAGGAGGGCAGUGGCUCAGGAGGUGGAGAUCAGAGUGAAAGGUACAAUGAUGAUUGGCCGGGCUAUGGCCCUAAUGCGCCGCCCUACAGCAAACCCCCUCGCAACCCUGAUUCCGACCCUGCAAAGCCGCCUCGAGUCCGAGAAAGAAACGGCUCCAAGUGGAACAGAAACAACGGUCACGGACGGGACAGAUCUGCCACCAGCCAGCUCUCCUUCUCCCUGUUUCCUUUGUUGUCAUUGCCUUUCAUGGUCACUGUGGCCCCCAUGUGGAGAUAGCUGGUUAUUACAGCCUGGAGGUGGAUGAGGUUUUCUGUCAGACUGGAGUCUCAAGCACAUUAUGAAGAGAAAUACAAAAGUAAUUCCAUUUGGUUACACCAGCAGACAAAAUACAAAACCAGGCCAAAUUAGCAAUAAUUAAAAAUCAGUUUACAGCACAAAAUAAAUAGGCUAACGUGACUAUUGCUCCUGCUGCCUAAGCCACAAAAGAAGUAUUACCAGGUAUUGAGGAUCACAAAUACUUCUUAAUACCACCAUUUUUUUUCAGUGCCAUUCAUUUGACCUACUGGAGUCUCAAUGCUCCCAUCGUCUGGGGGGGAAGAAGAAACAAACAGCAAAUUAAUUGGCAGGAUGUUUGUCUGAUGAAGCUCAUGGUCUUGUGGUCUGUGAGAUGGAGGUUAUUUGUGUCGCUUAAUAACCUUUUAAUUUAACGAGCAGCUGAUUUGAUCUGAGUUGGUUUGCAGUCUCUCGCGUGAAAUUAAUUAAAUUAAUUUAUCUUGAUUUCAGUUGGGUUGUUCCAUUUUUUAUCUUGUGGAAGUAGUACGAUUUUAUUUACUCUUAAUUAAACCUCUGCAUUUUUGCUUGAGUUUUGAAAAGUCAAUAGUAUGACUCUUAAAACCAAACAAUGAGCCUAUUUUGAAUGUACAUAAUUUGCGGUUAAUUGUGUCGACAAGGGUUUAAUUAAUGUAAUAUAGAUGUUUUUUAUUUAUUUGUAAUAUAAUACUUCAUUUCAGCUUUUUAUGUUUUGAAAGAACUAUUUGUCUUUAACUUUCUCUGGUUUAAACAAAAGAAGGCAAAAUCAAGUUUGUGUUUAUUUAUACUUUUUGUAAACCAAUCAUUUAAAAAUAUUGUUAUUGAACUAAUCGCAACAAAACUCUUAAUUAUCAGACAAUAUUGGGGCACACGACUGGCAUUUUCAGCCUGAACCAGAGAUUGUUAAGGAGCAGUGUGUGUGUGUGUGAAUGAUGUUUUUUUUAUUUUUGUUUGUCAUAUGUUCUGGUUUCAAGGUUUUUAUGUCAUGUUGAGAAGAUGUUGGGAUGUUUUUUAAUACGGUGCUUUUCUACUUGUUUUUCGUAAAAGCAACACAAGAUGAUAAAGAGUGAGAGCUCAUGAUGUGACUCAAAAUGGGAACUCAAAAUGAAUGUUGACGGAAAGCCAAAUGCUGUCAAGAACUAAGAGACGAUGGCUCUUAAUUUUCAUACUGAAUGUGUUUUCGAUGAAGAUAAAAAUCAAAGAAUAUUCAAGAAGGAAAUACAAAACUUGAGUGGUCAUCCGUCGAAAGAGAGGAGAGUGAAAAAAAAAAUAGUUUUAAUAUUUUGGGACGUGCGCUUAUUUGCUUUUUUACCAUUCAUGUCUGUACAGUAAAUGUGAAGCUGCAGACUGUUAGCUUAGCUUAGCAUGAAUACCUUGUCUACCAGCACCAAGAACAACAAUUAACACUUUGUGUCACAUUGGUAUAAUCUUCAAAAUAAAAGUGUAAAGAGAAAUAAUGAUUUUACGAAAGGGUUAUGUGCCAGACUAUUGGCUGAGAGCAGAAAGUCACGUGAUGUAAAAUGGAGAAUUUACAUUUUGUACAACUUAAACCAGAUAAGUGUUCAUUCCUGAACUUUAGAGGUGCUUGGUUACCUUUGAACAGAGCUAAACAAGCUGUCUCCCAUUUUUUACAAUUGUUAUGCUAAGCUAAGCUAACCAGCUGCUCGCUCCAAAAGAAAGCUAGUUAGCGUAUUUUCUCGAAAUGUUGAAAUAUUUUGUUGAAGUUGAUGAAAGUGAAUUGAUGGGAUCUUAAAAAAAAAAAAAGAUGUGAAUGGAGAAUAUGAAAAGGACACUUUUUGUUUUUAAUGAGGAUUUGUGAAAUUCACCUGGUUGUAACAGAAGUACACUCCCACUCAAACGGGCUAUUGCACAUGUACAAAACAUAGCAAGAGAAGAGUUUCAUUCUAGAAUUUGGUGAGAAAUAUUUGCUUGCUACUUUUAAUCACUGGCAAUCUAAUUGAGUUUUUAAGUUAAAUGUAAUUUUGGAAUGAAACCCUUCAAUGUCAGUAGGGACCUUGUACAAGACUUCACCACGAACACAGUAUUAUGUUGCACAACUCAGUAUUUCAAAAGCAACAGUCAUGUAAUCAUAUGUGCUUUUACCGGCAGUCGGAUUAGGAUGUGGUGGCUGCCAAUGCUUCCAUUGAAUUUCAGGUCAAUUGUUCCUCAGCACAACCUCUCAUCCAUCCCCACAACUCGCACAUUCCUUAAUGGUGAAAGUAUAGCACAACUUUUUUCAUGUAACGGUUUUUUGGUAUCAAACGAGUGAUAUUUUUUGCUUCAUU